CAUUGCGAUUGCAUCCCAAAAUCACGAGCGAUGCGAGUUAUAUGUUUUGAGUGCUGUUCGUCGCAAUUUCAAGCGGAUUUCUUGAAAAUUAUGCGAUCCUCGUUACACUGGAGAUAAACUGCAAUCAAUUCUGAGACGUUAUCUCGAGUGUCAAGCGCAAGGCAGGAUAGGAACAGAAAGGAGCAACGAUUCUUUCUUAACGAAAAAUGGAGGGUGAACGCUUAAUUGGCAAGGACACAAAGACAGACGAGAAUACUGAGGCUAAACCUAAGGAAACUCUAGGCUUAACCACCACAGUAGCUCUGGAUACUCUGCAUCGUGAUGUUAGACGUGUCCUACAGGAGUAUGAAGUAGAGCACAGGAAAAAUAAGAAGUAUAGAGCUUGGCUGAAGGACACCCUGCAUCAUCGUAGCCAAUAUACAACGCUCUGCUGGACUUCUGCGAUCGCGCUGUUGAUCAAUGCCAUUAUUCUCAUCGUUGCGUUCUUUACGCUUAAUGAAACAUGGUAUUCAACACUGCCAUACGAAGGACUGAUAGUCUGUUGUUUAGUAGUAUUGAAUUUUAUCUUAGUGGUAUCGGAUAAUAAAUUACGACAUGAAGAAAUUCCUCAUAGAGUGAAAAUUCUUCUUGAUCAGCUCAAUGUUGCGCGUUCCACAUGUCAAUGGAGGUCCGAGAACUAUCCACAUUUGUGCAGUCCGCAAUCCCCUUGCUUGACCUUGCAGUGGACGUAUCGUGAUGGUGAAGUAGUCAACUUGCCGUGGGCCUUAUUAGUGGCCGGUGACAUAAUCGUAAUGAAGCCAGGUCAGCAAGCACCUGGAUAUUGUGUGCCAUACGACGAUUCAGAAGCGUCUGUUUUGCACGCAAGAGAAACUUACAGUACGCCAGUACAUAGCGCGAACGAAAUCUUCUCCACGCCGCAGUCCCGCAUACCUCUGAAGAGUAAGAUCUACAAACUUCAGGAAACGCCGUACUUGGUGAAUCUGCGAAUGGCGCUCGAUCAAGCUCUCGAUCGACCAGUAACUUAUUACAAUCGCAAGCGUCACUUGCUAAUGAUCUGUUGCAUUGAGCACUUGACCUAUCCGAUACUCGUGAUUGUUAUCCUCGUGAUCAAUCUGCUUCGUUACCUAUAUCUGACAGACUACUUUGGCACUGGCCACUGGAGCGAGAUGUUUCUGUUGCAACCGAUUGCUGUGAGUCUUCCGUUGUUACCGUUGGUGUUUCCCGCCUGUUGGAUAUUCCUCAAUUGCUUCGGCAUGGCACGCUUCAAAGCGCUGUUCAAACUUUACCUGUCCGCAAAGAAGCUCCAGUUUGUAGAUCCUUUUGAAGACGCAGAAAUCAAUGGUCCCAAUCAUCCGGACGUAGUGUACAACUGGCUGGAACUCAAAGAAAAUUUCUUCGAUAUUCUUUUCGGCAACGAGCACAUGAUGUCGCGAUCGGCGAGCAUUCUGCACGUUCUAGGCUCUGUAACCGCGCUGUGCUGCGUAGAUAAGAAGGGAAUUCUCUCAUGGCCUAAUCCCACGGCGGAGAAAGUAUUUUUCCUACGUAACGCCAAUAUUUUGUCGCCGAGCUCGAGUACCGGCAGCGUGGACAAGACGACUGACAAGAACCAGGAGUCCGAGGAGACCAAGGUGAACUCCAACAGAAUGUCCUACGUACAGCAUGAUAUGUCGCACUCCACCGCUGAGGUCCUGGAUCUCACCCACGAUCAUGCCCUGCCGUUCCGACUGCAGUUCGACGACCACUCGUGGCGGCAACAUCUGAACUCGCUGAAACCGCUCGGCUUGGCGAUCCUCCUCAACACGUGCAACAUGGACACGCAGGAACACUACACGCAAUUCUGUUGCCACGUCACUUGCGAAGCUCUGUACAAUGAGAACUUGGUCCCGGUGACGAACAGACGAUGUCUGUGCGAACUAGCGAAGCAGAUCGGUUUCCAGGAUCAAGCACAGAAAAUUUUUCAACUGGAACAGCAACUAUGUACAUUUAGACAUGUACAACCAGAGAUGGUCAGGCGGGACAUAAAGUUCGCGCGUUCACUGAGCAUCGCUACAAAGCUGAAAUUCCCGUUUCCUCACAUGGUCGCCGUAGUCGUGAAAGAGCGCAGCGGUGGUGGUCUACAAUUGUUGACGCAAGGAACGGCCGACAUAAUUCUGGACUCGUGCAUCGAGUACUGGGAUGGCCACGAUCUCUGUCCUCUUUCUGCAUCAGACAGGAAAAAAGUGCAAGACUUCUACCAGAGGACAAGCUUAACCUCGUAUUGCACCGCAUUCGCUUAUCGACCGCUGACGCGCGCCAUCAGCGACAACAUGUCCGAGAUAUAUCUGGAGCUACCGGCGGAUAGCAAACACUUGUACACACCUCACAGGAGUCCGACUCCUUUACCAUGGGACUUCAGAAACGUUCUCGAUCCCAGAGUACGAGGAAUACUGGGACAGUUUCAUUCGACAGAUUCCUUACUGUGUAACGAAAAUAAGGAUGACGACGUGAACGAUAUUGAAAGCUGCUUUGAGGUGCAGUGCAAUCAGGUCUUCAUUGGAAUGGUUACCAUGCAAUAUCAGGCACAAACUGAUAUGGUACAAUUGAUUGAGCAAUUGGAUAGAGCAUGCAUAAGGUUUGUGCACUUCAGCAAGGAGAACGAACUGCGCUCGCGUGUUUUCUCAGAGAAAAUGGGCUUGGAGAGCGGCUGGAAUUGUCACAUCUCGUUACUCAGCGAGGGAGCCAGGUCCGAGAGUCCAGUGGGUUGGUGGGUGAGCCAGGCAGCAGCCAUGUCCUCACCCACUCCCUCACCCACGGCCCAAUCUCAUCAGCCUAAUUACUCCUGCAUGGACGAGGCCAGCCACUUGCUUAAUCGUGUCUUACCUCGUACCAAUCUGAACAAUAGCCGAGCGAUGAGCAUGUCGGCGCCAAGUGCUAUCAACACGGACUUCUCGACAGUGAAAUUCGAUGAUGAAACAACCGAAUGGAACAACACAGGAACGUCGCAGGUCAAGAGCACGAUGAGCCACAGAGAUGACAAACUGUCGAGCAGGGAGCAGGACACGGUGAGAAGCGAGGACAGCGUCCUGGUGCAGAGCGUCGAUUUGGGAUCAGGCCAGGAGGCUUGGAGAUCCUUGAGCUGCCUCACCGAUAGCACCGAACAAAGUGCGCCGGUCAACUUUGAUCUGUCGAACAGGGCUAAACUGCCGAGGGGCAUACACAAGAUACGUCCGCACAUCGAGCUGAUAGACAACGUUCCUUUACUCGUAUCCCUGUUCACCGACUGCAACACCACAGUGACCCGCGAGAUGUUGCAUAUAAUGCAGGAUUAUGGCGAGGUGGUGUGUGUGCUUGGCUCCUCUGCCAACGCCGAGAACAUGCCCAUUUUCAUGCAGGCUGACGCAGGGUAAUUAUA